AUGCCGAACUGCCCUCAAAUCAUCUCCCGUUGUCAGUGGGGGGCAAACUCUUACCAGGAUACCCCCAUCCCACUGUCUUUGCCCCUCCACUUCCUGUAUGUGCACCACACCUACGAGCCAUCCUCACCCUGUCUGACCUUCCCACAAUGCUCUCUUAACAUGAGAGCCAUGCAGAGGUUCCACCAGGAGGACCGCGGCUGGAGCGACAUAGGAUACAACUUUGUGGUGGGCUCUGACGGCUACGUCUAUGAAGGCAGAGGCUGGACAUACCUUGGUACUCACACCAGGGGCCACAAUAGCCUCGGGUAUGGGGUGUCAAUCAUUGGUAACUACACUGCCACCCUUCCCUCUCGUCACGCCAUGGACCUGUUGCGCCAUCGUCUGGUCCGUUGUGCAGUAAAUGGAGGAGGACUGUCUGCCAACUUCACCAUCCAUGGCCAUAGGCAGGUGGUAAACACCGCCUGUCCUGGAGAUGCCUUCUUCUCUGAAAUAAGAAGCUGGGAACACUUCAGGGUCUGACAGGAGGCCCACUGCCACUUUAUUCAUCUUACACAUCAUCGCAUU